AUGGAACAAAAUAAUGUUGUUAAUGAUUGGAAGUUGAGAUUGGGGAUGUCAUUUGAUUGUCAACAGAAGAAUAAGACAUUAGUUGUGGGGACGGAUUGUAUCGUAAAAGUUGUGGAACAAUUAUUGGUAGAUCAAACAAAGAAUGAUGGUCAACACAAGAAUGACAAACCCAUAUUAGUUGCGGUGAAGUAUGGUAUCAUAGAAAUUGUGGAGAAAGUUCUGGAACAAUUUCCAGUGGCCAUUCAUGACACGAAUUCCGAUGAAAAAAAUAUAGUAUUACUGGCGGUUGAGAACAGGCAAACCAAUGUAUACAAGUUCUUACUCGAGAGGAAUGUCUUGAAAGACAGCAUAUUUAGUAAAGUGGACAAGGAUGGCAACAGUGCUGUGCAUCUGGCUGCAAAGAUUGGAGAAUAUCGUCCCUGGCUUAUCCUCGGUGCCGCCUUGCAAAUGCAGUGGGAAAUCAAAUGGUAUGAGUUUGUGAAGUAUUCGAUGCUGCUACAUUUCUUUGUACUCUACAACAAAGCCGAUGAAACUCCAAAGGACAUAUUCACAAAAUCACACAAAGAUCUCGUCAAACAGGGUGGUGAAUGGCUCACCACCACCUCAAACUCGUGCUCUGUGGUGGCUGCACUCAUUGCAAUUGUGGCCUUCGCCACCGCAAGCAUCGUGCCCGGUGGCAAUUCAAGUGCAGGUAAACCAACGCUCGAGAACCAGCCUGCCUUCGACGUCUUUGCCAUCACAUCACCGGUUGGACUGUGCUUCUCUGUGACUGCCUUAGUAAUGUUUCUCGCCAUCCUCACCUCUCAUCACCAAGAGAGGGAUAUCCGUACAAGCUUGCCAAGAAAACGUUUGUUGGGUUUAACUUCACUAUUCGUAUCUGAUGAUGCAGCAUGUUCCAGAUGGAUCGGGUCGGACUGA